AUGGAUUCUAAUUAAGAUUAAUCACAUUUAAAGGUUUCUAAUUAGAAUGAAAAUGAUUAAAAUUAAGAAGGAGUGGAACAAUAAUUGAACCAAACCCAUGUCAAUUCCCUUAAUGAUAACUAAAAUAAGGAAAUUCUAACUAAUAUCUAAAAUUAAAAUUUUAUUCUAAAAGAAGAAUAAAAUUAAAAUAAAUUAGAAAUUGAAAAAAAUUCUUAAACUAUUUACACAAAUAUUCACUAAGAAGAAAAUUCUGAGAAUUUAAAUUCUAUUCCAAUUUCAAAUUAAAUUAAUUACCUAAACAAGGAUGCAAAUACUUAGAAAAAAUAAAAAAUGAUUCAAGAAAUUCACAAUUUUUUGAAUCUGUAUAUGAAUCAAACACAUAACCACUCUAGGAAUUACAAUUAUAAUAAAAAGUAGAAAAUUAAUUUUUAGACUAGUCUCAAUUUUUUUUUUUUGAUAAUCCAAAUAAUUAAUAGUUAAAUUAAUAAGAAACUGAUAAAAAUGAACACUAAUUUGAUGAUAAACUUCGUUAAGCAUUAAAUAUAUUAAAAAAAGAAUAAAAUCAAAUGGAACCAGAAUUAAUUUAACCAUCAUUUCAUUAAGAUACAAAGUGUAAUAUUUAUAAAAGAGAAGUUAUUGAAGAAGAAGAAAAAUAAGUUGAAGAAGGUACUAUUAUUGAUGAAUCAACUAAAGAUUUGUCAAAAAUACUUUAUAAAAUUUUCAAUUACCAAUUUCACCAUAAAUAGCACGAAUUCAUUAAAAAUCACAACUUGUAGUUUAAUUUUAAAAAUCUUUAGAUGAAGCAACCUUCCUAAAAAAUUAAGGAAAUUAAUGGUUUUAAUUAAAAAAUUUUGGCAACUCUAUAUAGUAAUAUAAUCUAGCUCUAGGAUUAUGUGAUCCAAAUUAUUUAUUAUAAUGUCCUGAAGAAUAACUAUAAUAAUUUAAGAAAUUAAGUAUAAACUUACUAUCUAAUUUAAGUGCUUGUUUUUUGAAUCUUGGUGAUUCUAAUUCAUGUAUUUCACAUGCUAAUAUUGUAAAUAUAUUAAAAAAUAAUAGGUUAUUUAGCUUGAACCUCAAAAUCAAAAAGUUUGGUAUAGAAGAGCUUUGGCAUAUUAAUAAAAAUAAGAUUAUGAAGAAGCAUAGAGAAAUAUUGAUUAAGCUUGGAAUAUAGUAAAGAACACUUCUUAAGAUUAAGAAAUUUUUGAAAAAAGAAAAGAAAUUAAGAAACUGUUAAAUUAAUCAAAUAAAGAUAGUGCAUAACUUUAUUAAACAAUGUUCAGCAACAACUAGGAACAAAAUGAGGGCAAAAAUACAGUAAAUUAAUAUAAACAAAUGAUUCCAAAUUGGUAAUUAGUGAAUUAUAACAAAAAGAAGAAAAAAAUAACAAUAAUUUAAUUAACUUUAAAUUCUUUGAUAUAGUUUGCAAAAUUACAGCAUCGACAGUUUUAGCUUCUUCAAUGA